AUGGAUUACGGUCAAGAGAACAUAUUUUCUGGUGGAAAUGUAGUACAAGUCCUCUCGGGGAACUCCGGAAAUGGUGUCAAUGAGAAUUGGGGAUCUGGGCCGCUCGAAGAGGCAGUUUGGGCAACCGAGGAUGAUUAUGGGAUGUGGAAUAGAGAAUCUUCUGUUGAUGCCAGUUUUAAUUCGAGUUAUGACGGUAGGCAAUCCCAAUUGCAAUCUGGAAGCGAACCACCGAACAAAAGAUCAAGAAAUGCUCACUCGGGGUCGAAAGUGAUUGGGAAAAUGUUCUACAAAACUAAGCUCUGUUGCAAAUUCCGAAUGGGCACUUGUCCGUAUAUCACCAACUGUAAUUUUGCGCAUAGUAAUGAAGAACUCAGAAAACCUCCCCCUAAUUGGCAAGAGAUUGUUGCUGCACAUGAGGAGGAUCAAGCAGCAUCAGCAGAGCCGAGGGAGGAAUUUCAGAUACCAAUUCUAGGGGUUACAGAAGAUACUCAGAGGUCUUAUAAAGGGCGACACUGCAAGAAGUUCUAUACUGAGGAAGGUUGCCCAUAUGGUGAGAAUUGCACUUUCCUUCACGAUGAGCAGUCAAAAGCCCGAGAAAGUGUUGCAAUAAGUUUAGGCCCAGGCUCUGGUGGCAGUGGUGGAUAUGGGAACAGUGGCAGUGCAUCAAACUUGAAGCCCUCAAAUUGGAAAACAAGGAUUUGUAACAAAUGGGAGCUAACGGGAUAUUGUCCAUUCGGCAGCAAGUGUCAUUUUGCUCAUGGAGCAGAAGAACUACAUUCUUAUGGUGGAGGACCGGUGGAAACAGAAGCCAGAGAUUCUUCUGCUCCUGAUCCCAAGCAAGGGGUCAUACCUUCCAAAACUUCAGUCGAUACUGUCGUCCCAUCCCUCACUUCAGUGCCUCAUCCUGACAGUUACCAUAUCAUUGUUCCAUCACAAAGGUUGUCCAAUGUGAUACAGAAAACUGGGCCAAGAAUUCAUCAGAAGUGGAAGGGUCCAGACAAAAUUAGCAAAAUCUAUGGCGACUGGAUUGAUGAUUUUGAAUAG